GCGGGAAGACGCCCUCCCUCCGGGGACGAAGGGCCGAUAAAACAAACGCACGGUAGCGUUGGUCGACUGUUUGCAGGAUUUACGGAAGAGCCGUCCCAGGCGUGGCUGAGCGACUUCCGUCUUCUGCAGCAGAAAAAUGACCGCGACCCUCCGCCCGUACCUGAGCGCCGUGAGGGCCACCCUGCAGGCCGCCCUCUGCCUGGAGAACUUCUCCUCCCAGGUGGUGGAGCGGCACAACAAGCCCGAGGUGGAGGUCAGGAGCAGCAAGGAGCUGCUGCUGCAGCCGGUGGUGAUCAGCCGCAACGACAAGGAGAAGGUUCUCAUCGAGGGCUCCAUCAACUCCGUCAGGGUCAGCAUCGCCGUCAAGCAGGCCGACGAGAUCGAGAAGAUCCUCUGCCACAAGUUCAUGCGCUUCAUGAUGAUGAGAGCCGAGAACUUCUUCAUCCUGAGGAGGAAGCCGGUGGAGGGAUACGACAUCAGCUUCCUGAUCACAAACUUCCACACGGAGCAGAUGUACAAGCACAAGCUGGUGGACUUUGUCAUCCACUUCAUGGAGGAGAUCGACAAGGAGAUCAGCGAGAUGAAGCUGUCCGUGAACGCCAGGGCCCGCAUCGUCGCCGAGGAGUUCCUCAAGAACUUCUGAUGCAGCAUCGUCCUCGCUCUCGCACCAAUCCUGGACAAUUUAAAGGACCAAUCACGUCGGCGGAGAGGACGCAAGGAGGAGACAGCCAAUCAGCAAGGAGACGAGAGGGACGCGAGCGAUCGGACAGGCUUUGC